AUGCAAGGUGAAAAUGUACCAAGCAAAAAAAGGUCAUCAGUUCAGACUGGUAUUGAUCGCUAUAUUAAUGUAAAAAGGAAAUUGAGUCCAAUUAAAACAGCGGCCAAUACCAAAAAAUUUCAAGCAGGCACGUCAAACAGUAAAAAGCCAGAAAUUCUUAAUGGCAAAAGAUUUGCCUUAUUAAGCAAAGAGCCUAACGACGAAGCGAAGGGUACCACCACGGUCGUGAAUGCCAAACCCCCUCCAAUCUAUUUGCGUGAGCGUAGCUCAAAUGCGCUUGUUUCCAAAAUGAGCAAUAUAAUAGGCACAAACAAUUUUCACAUUGUGCCCUUGAAAACAGGUAACAUAGAUGAAACAAAAAUUCAAGCAUACUCUGAAAAAAGUUUCAUGGAUGUUGUAAAAUUCCUAUCAAAUAAUAACAAGAAUUACUACUCCUACCAACUGAAGAGCACAGAAGGCCUAGUUGUUGUCAUAAAAGAUAUAGAGUCUUCGGUAGACUCUAACGACGUUAAAGAAGAACUAGAAGAAUGUGGUUUUAGCAUUAAAUCAGUAAUAAAUAUUUUUCACAGGAACAAAGUGCCACAACCAAUAAUCACCGUUGAGGAACUACACAAGGGAAAUGGUCCAGUACAAUUCAACAAAUCACCCAUGACGACUUCACACGAUCUUUCUUCCAACAACUCACCGGAAAACUCACCUCAAAACAUCAGCAAUCAACAAGUCAGCAAUAAUUCAGCCUCCUCUUUCACUCCUGUUUCACAGUCUUUCACACACACACAACUAAACCUCGAAUCAACUCUCGCCAACAUUAUCACUCAAUCCAACUCCUAUCAAUAUAACGCAGGUUCACCUGCAUUCUCAACAGAGACAACUGAUACCUCCGCUAUCAAUCUCUGUCUCACGCAAAACAAUUUAGAUGACAAAGCCAACAACGAUGCUCUGAUCAUGUCAGUAGACGACAGUCACUAA